CGGCGGGGAAUGCGGCCAAAGCCCGGGAAGCUGCUGCGGGGGCGAUGGCUGCGCCGAGCCCGGGGCCCCGCGAGGUCCUGGCCCCCUCCCCUGAGGCUGGAUGCAGAGCAGUCACCUCCAGCCGCCGGGGGCUUCUCUGGCGCCUCCGAGAUAAGCAGUCUCGCCUGGGCCUGUUUGAGAUCAGCCCGGGGCAUGAACUGCAUGGGAUGACGUGCAUGAUGCAGGCAGGGCUGUGGGCUGCCACCCAGGUCUCCAUGGACCACCCACCCACGGGGCCGCCCUCCCGGGACGAUUUCUCGGAGGUCCUAACCCAGGUUCAUGAGGGCUUCGAGCUGGGCACGCUGGCCGGCCCCGCCUUUGCCUGGCUGCGCCGCUCCCUGGGCCUGGCGGAGGAGGACUAUCAGGCUGCGCUGGGCCCCGGCGGCCCCUACCUGCAGUUCCUCAGCACCUCCAAGAGCAAGGCCAGCUUCUUCCUGUCCCACGACCAGCGCUUCUUCCUGAAGACCCAGGGGCGCCGAGAAGUGCAGGCUCUGCUCGCCCACCUGCCCCGCUACGUGCAGCACCUGCAGCGGCACCCGCACUCGCUGCUGGCGCGGUUGCUGGGAAUGCACAGUCUGCGGGUGGACCGGGGAAAGAAGACGUACUUCAUCGUCAUGCAGAGCGUCUUCUACCCCGCUAGCCGCAUCUCCGAGAGGUAUGACAUCAAAGGCUGCGAGGUGAGCCGCUGGGUGGAUCCCGCCCCUGAGGGCAGCCCCCUUGUUCUGGUGCUGAAGGACCUCAACUUUCAGGGCAAGACCAUCAACCUGGGGCCCCAGCGGAGCUGGUUCCUCCGCCAGAUGGAACUGGAUACCACCUUCCUCCGGGAGCUCAACGUGCUGGAUUACAGCCUCCUGAUAGCCUUCCAAUGUCUCCACGAGGAUGAGAGGGGCCCCGGCAGCAGCCUCAUCUUCCGCACGGCCAGGACGCUGAGGUCAUCAUCGCUGGCACCGUCUUCCUGUCUUCAUCUCAGUAGUGGUCUGUGCAAGGGGCACAGAGCCCGGAAGAGUCGACAGCCCAAAACCGCCGGCUGCUGCCCGACGCCCCCAACGCCCUACACAUCCUGGACGGGCCCGAGCAGCGCUAUUUCCUGGGCGUCGUGGAUCUCGCCACGGUCUACGGGCUCCGCAAGCGGCUGGAGCACCUGUGGAAGACACUGCGCUACCCGGGCCGGACCUUCUCCACUGUCAGCCCGGCUCGCUACGCCCGUCGCCUCUGCCAGUGGGUGGAGGCGCACACGGAGUGACGGGAGCCCGGCCCCACUCUCCGGAUCUGGAUGAUGGGCUCACGCCAGGAACGCCGGUUCCCCCGGGCCCGGGCAUCUCGCCUGCGCUUCCUCCUGAUGGUCGCCAGAGGGCAGCAUCCCCUAACUAAUACCGUAACCGCGCAGUCCCGUUUGACGGUGGUGCCGUGCCCAGCAUCGUGCCAAGGACUCCCCUACUUUAGCUCAUUUAAUCCUCAAAAAAUGCUAUUAUUCUCUUUUUACAGACCAUGAAAUGGAGGCUCAGGGGGUGAAGGGACUGAUCAAGAUCAUCCAGCAAUAAAUGCUGGAACCAGGACUCAACCAUGGCUUUUGGAUUCCGGAGCCUGUAUUCUUAACCACCAGCUCCUGCAGCUUGGUCCUCAUGAUCUGGGCAAGGGGGGAGGCUGAAGGCUGCAGCCCUCUUGUCAACCAGAUGGGGAAACUGAGGCCCAGAGACUUUAAGGGGCAUAAGCACGGGUAAGUGGCAAGGUCGGCCCUGAGUACCCAGACCUCCCGGCCCCCUGCUCCUGGCCUGAUACUCUAGGGAUGCAGGUGGGAGAAGCAGGGGUCCUGGGGGGCUGCCUGGAGCUCUGGGAGGCAUUCUGGACUGGGUCUACUACUGAUCUCAAGUGAGCUCUGCCCUCCUCUGAAAGUCACUUUUCUCAUCAGUUAAAUGGGGGCAAGGGUCCGUGGUCCGACCAAGGUCUUGGCUUCACAGACAUCACCAGGAGCCUGCAUGCCCCUGAUCACUCCUUCUCCUUCCUCCAGGAAACUCCAGCCUGGCCUCUGACCCCAGUUCAAUCCGACCAUGCCCAAGCCCAAGCGGGCCUUUCCUCCAGAACUGCUCCGGGGCCUGGCUGUGUGACUGGGGCAAGGUGCUAAACCUCUCUGUGCCUCGCUGGUCUAAUCUGUAAAAUGAAAGAAUGGAAACAGACCUCAUUAACUCAUUAAAUAUUUGUUGAGCACC